AUGAAGGAGGGAUCGUCGUCGGGGGGAGGGGCGUUCGCUGGGGGCAGCGAUCCGAGGCAGCCGUCGACGGCGAAGCCGUACGCGCCGCCGAAGCUGUCUCCCCAGGACCUGCCCAUCGACUACGCGGGCUUCCUCGCCGUCGUCUUCGGCGUCGUCGGAGUCAUGCUCCGCUACAAGGUGUGCUCGUGGAUCGCGAUCAUCUUCUGCGCACAGUCGUUGGCAAACAUGAAGAACUUCGAGAAUGAUCUGAAGCAGCUCUCCAUGGCCUUCAUGUGA